GGCAGAGGCAGUGGAGCCCCAUUAUAAACCGCGGCAGAGCUCAGGCAGUGAGGGGACAGCACCGAGCCCCGACGAGGGCCCCCACCGCCUGCCCCGGCAGCCCCGGACCCCCUCGACCAUGGCUCUUCCACCUCUCUCGUGGCUGCUCCGUUUGACUGCCCUCUGCCAUCUGAUCGUGCUCCUGGCUGGACAGCACCUCGGUGUGAAGAAGUGUAACAUCACGUGCAGCAAAAUGACCUCGGAGAUCCCCGUGGCUCGUCUAGUUCACUACCAACGAAAUCAAGAAUCAUGCGGCAAACGUGCCAUCAUCCUGAAGACCAUGAAGGAAAAAUUAUUCUGUGCUGACCCACAGGAGAAAUGGGUCCAGAAAGCCAUGGAGCAUCUAGACCGCAAGGCUGCUGCUCUGGCUCCAAAUGGCGGCACAUUCGAGAAGCAGAUCGGCGUGGGUGAGCCCAGGACCAGCCCAGCCACCAAGGGAAUGGACUGGUCUGAAGCCUCAGAGACCACAUUCACAAGCGAAAGCAGUAGCCAGUACGCACAGAGGGCCUUCGGGACUUCCCCAGAGCUGCCACCAGAAGUGGCUGACUCCAGGGGGACCAGGUCCCCCUCCACUUCAAAGACUCCGGAUGGAGGGCCCGAGAGAACUGAGGUUUUCAACAAGGCUGCCGUCACCACCACCACGUCUUGGCAGAGUUCUCCCGCCUACCAACCUGGGGCAGACCUCGAGGCUGAGGGGAAAGCCUCUGAGGCCCCCUCCACCCAGGCCCCCUCCACCCAGACCCCCUCCACCCAGGCCCCCUCCACCCAGACCCCCUCCACCCAGACCCCCUCCACCCAGACCCUCCCCACCCAGGCCCCCUCCACCCAGGCCCCCUCCACCCAGGCCCCCACUAUUUCACACACAGUCCCAGAGGACAACACUGGGCCCGAAGGCCAACCUGGGUGGAUCAAGGGACAGGACCCCACGCCAGAGAACUCUCUAGGGUCCAAAGAAUUGGGUCCCACUUCAGCUCACACGGAUGCUUUCAUGGGGCCCGGCAGCGUGUCUGAUGUCUUCGUGGUCCCUGUAUCCUCUGAAGGGGCCCCCAGCACGGAUCCAUUGGCCUCGGGCAGCUGGACCCCCAAGAUCAAGGAGCCCAUUCACGCCACCGUUGACCCCCAGAGGCUGGGUGUCCUCAUUACUCCCAUCCCCGACUCCCAGGCAGCCACCCGAAGGCAGGCAGUGGGGCUGUUGGCCUUCCUCGGUCUCCUCUUCUGCCUGGGGGUAGCCAUGUUUGCCUACCAGAGCCUUCAGGGCUGCCCCCGCAAGAUGGCAGGAGACAUGGUGGAGGGGCUUCGCUACGUUCCCCGGAGCUGUGGCAGUAACUCAUACGUCCUGGUGCCAGUGUGAGCUGCCCACCUGCCUGCAUCCAGUUGUUCAGCUCAGCUGCCUGGGGUCCCCCAUCCUCACACUCACCUUCACCCAAGGGUCUCUCCCAAGCUGGGAUGACUGGGGCAAGGAGGUGGGAUCCUCUGGGUGGAACUGCCCCCAGCUCCUGGAGGUCACCCUUGACCAUCCUUGACCUACUGUGGACAGAGGGGGUGGCCUCCACAACUCACUCCAAUGUCCCAAGUCAGAAAACUCCCCUCUGCUGUUGGCUGGUUAGAGGGUCCCUUAGAUACCGUGCCAGCCCCAGUGAACAAUUAUUUAUUGAACGCCCAGCCCCUCUGACCCAUACCCCUGCGGGUACCACAGUCAUCCCUUCUUACAAACGAGCCUCAGGCCAGGCCCCUUCUCCCCACUCCCUCAGACCUCAUCGUGUCUCUCGGUCCCGCUGUGGUUGCCAGUCACCCCGGCCACCUGCGGUGCUAGCCCCCCUGUAUAGACCCCCUGCCCCAGCCGGGGACCUGUCUUUUCUUGCAUGAGGCUAGUGUGGUGUUUCCUGGGACUGAUCCCAGGAAGGAUCUGCCCUCAGGUAGGCAUCAUGAGAAUGGGAAAUGAAGUUAUCCGGUGGCUUUGAUUCCCACCCGCUGCCUUGCCCCCUCUGUGCUGUGAAGGAACAUUGACUACGAGCGUGAAGGCUGGGGGGUCUAGUCCCAGGCCCACCACCAAUCCAUCAAGGCAUUCAUAUCUCUGGUUUCCCACCUGUGAAAGGGGAGAGGGACGGCAAAUAUGCGGCAAUAGCCUGUACCCCUGGCAGGCAUCACUAGUUGAUCCAGAGACCCCUUUCUGCAGACC